AUGAACUCCUACAACACUGACGAUAACAUGAACACUGACAAUAACAUGAACUCUGACAACACUGACGAUAACAUGAACACUGACAACACUGACGAUAACAUGAACUCUGACAACACUGACGAUAACAUGAACUCUGACAACACUGACGAUAACAUAAACUCUGACAACACUGACGAUAACAUGAACACUGACAACACUGACGAUAACAUGAACACUGACCAACACUGA